CUUUAUUAUACGCGUCAUCGACGCAUUCGAGGUGGUGACACGUGGCAUUCGUCGUCUUGCCCUUUUCGAAAAACCUCUCUCUCUCAUAAGUCUUUGACCAUUGUUUCCGGAGCUGCGAAUCCUUUGUACGCCAUUGGUUUUAACCCUAACUCUCAGAUUUUGCUAUUCUUGGAUCAUCCUUAAAGCUCCACGUCUUGUCCCCUUUUCCUCUUUGGUUCUUUCCUUCUGGGUUUAUUGUUGUUUCUGGAAGAAGGAGAAGCGAUGGAUUUGUAGGGAUUAUUGCGGUUUGUUGUGUAUAUAUAGCGAGGGGUUUCGUAAGAAGCAAAUCCUGUUUUUUUUAUUUGUUUUGCCUGGUUAGAACUUCGAGUGCAAGAUGUCAUCAGCUGGUGUUGCGCUAAGUCCGGUUCGUAGCGAGGCGUUUAACAUGCCCCUUGUUCGUGCGAACUCUUGUGCUGAUUCAAUCCCAGACGAGACCAUUUUGAUCUACCUAACACUCCCGGGGACGUUGAUACCAAUGCGAGUGCUCGAGUCUGACUCCAUUGAGUCCGUUAAGCUCCGGAUCCAGUCUUAUCGUGGCUUCGUAGUGAGGAACCAGAAGCUCGUUUUCGGGGGACGAGAGCUAGCUAGGAGCAACUCCAACAUGCGUGAUUACGGUGUGAGUGAAGGCAACGUUCUCCAUCUGGUCCUCAAGCUCUCUGAUCUCCAGGUACUUGAUGUUAAGACCACCUGUGGUAAACACUGCACGUUUCAUGUGGAGAGAGGCAGGAACAUCGGGUAUGUGAAGAAGCAGAUUUCGAAGAAGCGUGGGGACUUUGUUGUUGAUCCUGAUGAGCAGGAGAUACUCUACGAAGGUGAGAAGUUGGAGGACCAGAGUCUCAUCAAUGACAUUUGCAGGAGCGAAGACUCUGUUUUGCAUCUGCUUGUGCGGAGAUCUGCGAAAGUUCGUGCUAAGCCCGUGGAGAAGAACUUUGAACUGUCUAUCGUUGCCCCACAGUCAAAUGAUAAGAGAGGUCGUGAAGCUGAUAGCAUUGUGCCACAGAGGAAGCCUUCUGAUCACAUCUCUUUGGAGCCUGUCGUGAUUAAUUCCAAGGCAAAGUUAUCUCUGGUGGUCAAAGAUAUGAUCCAGUCUGCUUCUGAUGGACUAAGAAUCGGGAACUCUCCAGUCAGGUCAAGAGAGGGAACGGGAGGAGCUUAUUUCAUGCAGGGCUCAUCGGGAAAUGAGUUCGUUGGUGUGUUCAAGCCAAUCGAUGAGGAACCAAUGGCUGAAAACAACCCACAGGGCUUACCUCUUUCUCCAAAUGGAGAAGGUUUGAAGAAAGGAACAAAGGUAGGAGAAGGUGCGUUGAGGGAAGUUGCUGCUUACAUAUUGGAUCAUCCCAAGAGUGGACGCAGGUCUAUGUCUAGUGAAGAGAGAGGUUUUGCUGGUGUGCCUCCCACAGCUAUGGUUGAGUGCCUGCAUCCCGGUUUUAACCAUCCCAAAGGGAUCAAAACCAAGAUUGGGUCGCUUCAGAUGUUUUCAAAGAAUGAUGGCAGUUGUGAAGAUAUGGGUUCAAGUCCAUUUCCAGUUGAGGAAGUUCACAAGAUCUCUGUGCUGGAUAUCAGACUGGCCAACGCAGAUAGACAUGCUGGAAACAUUUUAGUGAGAAAGUACGAAAACGGAAAGAUUGUUUUGGUUCCCAUUGAUCAUGGAUACUGCUUGCCUGAAAGCUUUGAGGAUUGCACGUUCGAGUGGCUUUACUGGUCACAAGCCAAGGAACCAUACUCUCCCGAGACGCUGGACUACGUAAGGUCACUGGACGUUGAGGAAGAUAUCGAUCUCCUGAAGUUUCAUGGAUGGAAAAUGCCAUUGAAAACUGCUCGAACCCUCAGAAUAUCAACGAUGCUUCUGAAGAAAGGAGUCGAAAGAGGAUUAACAGCAUUUGAGAUUGGAAGCAUAAUGUGCAGAGAAACACUGAGCACGAAAUCUCUAGUGGAGGGGAUGGUGGAGGAAGCUGAAGAAGCGGUGCUUCCAGGGACAAGCGAGGCUGCAUUCAUUGAAGCCAUGUCUGAUGUGAUGGAUUACCAUCUUGAUGAGAUGGUUCGCUCUCAGGAACACUAGAAUUGGUUCCUCUGUGAAUCCUUCUCUUAAACUUGAAAACUCUGGUACAUAUACUCUUUGGUUUGCCUUUACAUAAACCUGUUUGGCUUUUGUUUUUGUUUCCGUCAUUCUUUGGACAUGUUCAAGUUGUUUGUUGAUUUCACCGUAACUUUCCUGGUAAUGACAAUUUCAGUGUUUACAAUACGCUGUUGCUUUUCUUCAACAUUUCAUCUCUUCUCCAUUACAUGUCUCUGUGGUGGUUAAGCAAUGAAUGAAAUGAGGUCAAAAGUAGUGUGAUAAUCAUACUCCAAACAGUCACUAAAAGACGACGAAUUGAUCGAAGUAGAAGAGACGCAAUUAGAUAGAUAAAUAAAUCUCUCUGUUUCAGUAUCCACUCUGCUACAGCUAAAACACGUGUGAAUGCUUUCAAAUCCACCGAUACAUGGGCAUGUGGUGCGAGGACACGUUCCAUCCAGCUAACUGGUGACAUCAUAGUAAUUUCUUGAUAUCUAUAGUAUGAGAGAAAGAGAAAGAGAAAGCAUGGUUUAGUUUGGGGAAAGCAAGAUGGAGAAAAAGACUUAUAAGAAGGAGCAAGAAGGAGAAGCUGAGAAAAGAGGAAGACAAGAAGAAGGAAGAAAGGGGAACAUGGAGAAGAAACAAGAGGGAGAGAAAAGAACGGUGAAGGGUCUACCACACGAGCAAGUGCCUCAGCCCGGAAAAGAUUUCUCCAGCGAAGCUCUCGAGAAUCUCCCAAACACAAAGUGAAGAUUCCUCUUGUGAAAGGGUGUUGUCGGCGAGCAAGUAAAAAGUCAAAAUGGAGGUGCGGGGAAUCGAACCCCGUGCCUCUCGCAUGCGAAGCGAGCGCUCUACCAUAUGAGCUACACCCCCUUGAUGCUAUCUUUGUCUCUUUUUUAUUAUUUUAAUCACGUUUUCAGAUUGAAUAAGAAAUCUUGGAUGUGGAAUCAUCAUAGACCUAGAUUCUGUGGAUGUGUUUGUAAAAUAUAAAUGAUUCCUUAAAAUCUGAAUUAUGUUGAUCAAGAAUGAGAAACAUUUCUGGAUGAAUUUUUGCCCUGUUAAGUUAGUUAACGUUAAUGUUCUCAUUUGAAUACUAAACCAAGUCUCU